GCAAUAAUGAUCUGCUCUACCGGUUCGAGACAUCAUCCGUUGUGUAUAUCGCCCAUCUUUACAUCAGGCUUCCAAGCUGGCAGAGUUCUGUCCAACGGUCCAACCCUCCUGGAUUCAUGCUGGAAUCCCGAAGCUACUUGGAGAUACCUACGGAGAUUCUGGACUGGCCAAAGUCUGCUCCAAGCUUGUGCUCCCUCUCAAAGAAAAACAUCGAUGGCCAGGCGUCGUCCACGAUGUCGGGAUUCUUGCCCUGAGUAACGAACGGAGGCCAUGACCACCAUCACCAACCACCAUGGCGCAAUUCGAAAACACGACAGCGCUAGUUGCGUCCUACGCGCUCCCCCAGGGUAUCAUUUGUGAUUUUGGCUGGGCUGGUCUUUGGGCUUAGGGGGCCGACACGCUGUGACCAUGCCUAGACUAGAGGCGGGUAGACGGGUACGGAGGGGACUGUCUAGGGCGUGAUAGGCUUCGACACGCGAGAAGUGAAAAUGCGAAUGCUCUAAUAAAUAACGCGGGGCACCCUCGACUCUGUACCAACUCAUUGGAGCUCCCGUUGCUACUAUCACUGCUGCCUUCUGCUGCCUCCUGCUUCCACGGCAACCAUCUGCAUCUGCGCCUGCGUCUGCCACUCUCCCUCUGACUGGCUCCCCCUUGCACUUUCCAUCAUGUCUCGUGUCCGUUGUCAAGCAAAUGCACGCUUCAAAACUUCUCCGGUGGCCCACCCAACAGGGAGUGUGAUGUGUGAUCUUUGACUUGGUCGGUGUGUGUGUGUGUGUGUGUGUGUGUGUGUGUGUGUGUGUGUAUGUGUGUGUGUGUGUGCGGCUGCUGAACCUGAGCGACGAGCCUGAGCUUGAGCCUGCUGGCCCAGCCUAUUAUUGCUUGAUGUAAAACCAACCAUUUCCCGUUCUCUCCCUCCUAUCUUCUCCCUUCUCGUCGUCCACUUAUUUUCCAAUCCAAUCCAAUUCCUUUGUAACCGAAAUUCCCCGCGAUCCACGAGUGUUGCUCAUCCUGCUGCCCAACUCACCGCGCGCUUCAACCUACCCUUUCAUUUACCGUCAAAACUCAAGACGGAGGUUCAUCACCAAAAAAAACCCGCACUAGACGCCGGCUGCGCAUCGACAACGCACUCAUCCCACAAGCCUCAAAAUAUCUUGGAAAACUUGGAACUCGAAAAAGGGUCAAUUUCCUCAUAACUUCUUCUCGCACUCACGGACGCGAGAUUCAUCUUCUAAAGAUUUUGACCCCAUUGCGCGAGUUGAUGAAAAUGCUGGAUUGGGAAAGAACGACUCAAAGAUUUGAAAGACUACCACCAUAGAACGCGCCGUCCUUAUCUUGCCAUCCACGAUUGGUUAUCUGAAUUGCAGAGACUCCCAAGGUUGUGUUGAAAUCUUCUCCCAAAAUGCCACCUUUUUCGCCAUCAGUUAUGGCGUCAAAUGUAGCGGAUGUCCAGCCUCAACUCAUUAAAUUCCGUGCUCUUGGCGACAACAGUACCGGGACAACCAUCAACUUGAAGAAUGAGGAGAGGGUCAUACUGCAAUAUCUCGCCCUGACAUUCUCCGCCGUCAGCGUCGCCUCGUCCAUUCUAGCCUUUUUUUGGUUUGUGAGAAUGAGGAGGAGCUUCAGACAUGAGUAUGUGAAGUGCAUUUCCUCCCAAACGCAAAGAAAGUUUCUAAUUUUCAAAUAGUCUGAUUAUGCUUCUAAUUCAAAGUGACAUGUUCAAAGCAUUAUGGUUUAUGAUGUAUCCGAUUGUCGUCUUCGCUCAAGGGCCUAUUGCUAGUGAGCACGCGUUUUGUCAGGUCAACGGCUUCUUUGUUUCCAUUGGAAUUGAAGCAUCGGGUAUGUUUAUUGAUUGAUCGUGUUGAAAAAAGAGAUUGUUAAUUUUCUUAAGAUUUUGCUGUUCUUCAAAUUGCACUUCAUACCGCAUUGUAUAUUUGGAAACCACGAGUUACCAGGGGAGAAGGUGGACUUUAUCCCUAUCGAUAUUAUGCAUAUUGUGCUUGGAUUAUCCUUCCACUCCUGAUGGCAGCAUCAGCUUUCAUCAACAACCACAAUUCGUAUGUGGUAGAAGGCACUUUUUGCUAUCUCCCGGUUCGCCCAUUCUGGUACCGACUUGCCUUGGGUUGGAUUCCACGAUACGUAAUUUUUAUCAUUAUUUUGGUCAUCUACGUUUCAAUUUACUUUUACGUUCGGUACAAGUUCGACGGGUUCACACGAAAAGGUGGAAAUCCCCCAGUUCCCAAUACCGACUCGAUGGAUUCAGCAGAGGCAGAAGCGAUGCAGAGGACUCCACGACCACAUAAUCCUCCACCAACCCCGACACUCGCAUGUCAUGGCUUGAUACCGGAGCCUGAGCAGGACUCGAAAAGCGAAAAGGACCUCCGUAAACAGCCAUCCCAUCCCUCACUCCGCUCACAACGACACGAAGGCAUACAUAUCGCCACCCAUCGCUUCAUGUGGGCAAGUUUUGUCGCCAAGAACAGUCCUCUUCAUGCGCCAACGACGCCCCCUCUGGCUUUUGUAUCGGACAGAGAUUCAAUUGAUGCCCCUGAACCAUUGCCAGCUCCUCAAUAUCCAACCAUGCCUGACUCGUCUCGAAAUGGAAUAUCUAAAGACCCUUCACCACCCAUGACAAAACCUCCAAGUACGACCUCCUGGCGAGACCAUUUUGUCCGGCAAUUUUCUCCGCCUAUCAGCAGCCGACCUUCGAUCAUCGACAUGACUACAGCACUUCGUCAUGGUCCGGAAGGAAGAAGUAGAUGUCCCACUCCUGUACAUCGGUUGGAACUCGUAAACUCUCAUGGCUCAAACCUAGCGGAUGUAGAAAUGCGCCGAACCCGCGAGAAGAUUCGUCGCCAACUCCGUUUCUUGUUCAUCUACCCAUUGGUAUAUAUGGGGAUGUGGAUUGUGCCAUUUGUAGCCCACGUUAUUCAGUACAAUGACAAGUUCGCAAUCGACCCCCCUUUUGCCUUGACAUGCGUUUCGACCAUCUUCAUCUCCUCCCAAGCAGCAGUCGACUCCUGGUUAUUCUCCACCCGAGAAAAGCCCUGGAAACACAUCCCCAGCACCGACGGUACCUUCUGGGGAAGUUUCAAAUUCUGGACGGCCUGUGAUCCCGUGGGAGGCGUCCGCGCAAACCGCGGUCCGGGACGAACCAGAGCAGAGAUGUAUCAAGACUCGCGCGUCGCGUACCAACGAAGGGACGAGGAGAUGGCUGAGCGAUUAGCCGGGGGGGAUUCAGCACACCUUACGAAACCUGCGACAUGCCAUCGACGGUCCGGCCAUUGGUGGGAUGUCCCGGAUUUCGAUGGCCCCGUGGACGUGGGUGGAAUGCGUCCUGUGGUGGAAGAAUUCAAGUUGGAGAAGCAUCCAAUGGAGGGGGAGGGGGAGGGGAAUCCGUUUGUGGAGAAGGAGAGGGGGGAGAAUCAGCUGGGUGUUCAGAGGUCUUCGCUUGCGCCGAAUGUGGUGAGGGAGGGGGCGCCGAGGAAGAAUGUUUCGUUUCAGGAUUUGCCUGUUUUGGGGAAGGGUUAG